UUAUACGGCCUGGUAGCAGCCACUUGACGGAGUGCUGCAAAACCGAAUGUGGAAUGCACGCAUCCUAAACGCGUCGAAAUCGGUUCCCGCCACAUGGCCAAGACGACCUUCUUCCGUUCUCCCUGGGUCCGCUCUGCGCCACGCCAUUGCAGGUUCUUCCCCAUCGACAUCGAUCUUCUCAAUACGUUGCUUUCAGUCUCAUAGCACCCGGUUAUCUUACUUGCAAUCGUCUGGCCUUGCUUUGUCUACGAAACACCAAACCGGCACCCUCGGCUCAUCCUCUCACAAACCGUUCAGUUUCAUAACCCGAAGAGGCUUGUGCCAGUGCAGAAAUCACAGUAAAGACGGCGAUAAUUUCGACAUCACUCCAUCGGCUCCCAAUCGACCUGCUAGUAUGAGCGCACCAGGCACGAUGGACGAGUACAGGCUGCCCACGAACGUGAAGCCGACCCAUUAUGACUUGACGUUGAGGACGGACUUGAAGAAGGAGACGUUCGAGGGUGUGGUCGAUGUUCACCUCGAUAUCUUGGAAGCGACCAACUCCAUCGUCCUGAACUCGCACGAGUCUCUCUCGCUCCCCUCGGCUUCAUUGACACUGGUCUCCUCUCCCGCCCAAUCCCUACAACCGACCAAACAGUCUUUCGAUUCCAAGAAUGAGCGCACGUCCUGGGCUUUUGCUGAAACGUUACCGGCGGGAUCUAAGGCGGUCUUCCGGGUGGCGUUUAAGGGCGUGUUGGACGGGAGUAUGACCGGAUAUUACAAGAGUACUUGGGAUGGCGGGAUUUAUACGUUGACGCAGUUCGAGCCAACCUCCGCCCGCAAAUCCCUCCCCUGCUGGGACGAGCCCCUCCUCAAAGCCACCUUCAGCGUCACCAUGAUCUCACGCAAAGACACCGUCUCGCUCUCCAACAUGCCCGGCACCCCCUCCCCCUCCUCCACCUCCGCGCCCAAAGACGAGUCCGAAAACGCUCUGUACGCGGGUGUGGAGAAGGGUGAGUGGACGGUGACGAAGUUCGAGAAGACGCCGCCGAUGUCGACGUAUCUGCUCGCUUAUGCGAAUGGUCCGUUUGAGUAUAUCGAGGCGGAGUAUACGAGCCCGUUGAGUGGGAAGGUUAGGCCGUUGAGGGUUUAUACUACGAAGGAUAAGAUCCAUCAGGCCGAGUUCGCACUCGAGGUGAAGCGCAAGGUCCUUCCGAUCUAUGAGGAAGUCUUCGAUGUCGAAUAUCCGUUGCCCAAGCUGGACACGUUAGUCGUAAACGACUUCGACGCCGGUGCCAUGGAGAAUUGGGGUCUCAUUACAGGCCGAACCUCCGCCUUCCUCCUCGACCCGAAACGCGCUGAUAUGGCGGCGAAGAAGAGGGUCGCGACGGUUCAGAGUCACGAGGUGGCGCAUAUGUGGUUCGGCGAUAUCACGACGAUGGAGUGGUGGAACUACUUGUAUUUGAACGAAGGGUUUGCGACUAUGAUGGGCGAAGUUAUCAUCAUCGAUAGGGUCUUCCCCGAAUGGAAAGUUGAUUCUGAGUUCAUCACCGAGCAUCUCAACGACGCUCUUCGUCUUGACGCCAAGCUUUCGUCUCACCCGAUUGAGGUGGACUGUCCGGAUGCGAAUCAGAUCAACCAGAUCUUCGACUCCUUGUCGUACGCCAAAGCUGCCAGUGUCCUCCGCAUGCUCUCCUUCCACGUUGGGGAAGCCUCUUUCCUCAAGGGUGUCUCCAUCUAUCUCAAGAACCACCUCUACGCCAACAGCACAACGUCCGAUCUCUGGAAAGGGAUCAGCCAAGCGACAGGCGUGGACGUGGAUGGAAUCAUGAAAAAUUGGGUUACCGAGAUGGGCUUCCCGGUGUUGAGUGUGACGGAGGUUGAGGGCGGGAAGAAGAUUAGGGUGAGGCAGGAUAGGUUCCUUGAGGACGGACCGGCGAAGGAGGAGGAUAAUAAGACGAUCUGGACUGUGCCCUUGAGCCUGCUCUCGACAGACUCAAAGGGAGAAACGAAUAUCGAUAGGAAGAUCGUGCUCGACAAGAGGGAGGCUGAGUUUGAGGUGGAUACGAGUAAGCCGUGGAAGUUGAAUGCGGAUACUUGUGGUGUUUUCCGCGUACUCUACACGCCCGAACGCCUCGCCUCCAUCGCCCAGGAAGCCGCAAAGAAGACCGGUUCCGCCUUUUCGCUCAACGACCGCAUUGGACUGGUGCAUGAUGCUAUGGCCCUCGCUAAGUCCGGACAUUUGAAGGUCAGCGCCGCGCUCCAGAUGGUGGAUAUCCUGAGGGGUGAAGAAGAAUUCCUGGUAUGGGACAGUAUUUCGGAGAAUGUGGCCAGGGUUGCGGACACGUGGUGGGAGGACCAGACGGUCGUGGACCAGUUGAAUGCGUUCAGGAGGGAGCUCUACGUACCCUUGGUCAAGAAGCUCGGAUAUGAGUAUUCCGACGAGGACAGCGCGGAUACAAGCCAGCUCAGGACGAGGGCAGUCGAGCAGGCGGUUAUGGCGAAGGACCCGGCUGCGAUUAAGGAGCUUCGGGACAGGUUCGCGAAGUUCGUCGAGACCGGCGACGAUCAUGUUAUUCCGGCGGAUUUGUUGAGGAUUACUUUCCGAACUGCCGUCGAGUAUGGUGGCAAGGCUGAGUAUGACGCGGUCGAAAAGUUGUUCCACAGCGCGAAGACACCGACGAUUCAGCAGGCAGCUAUCCGCGCGAUGGGUGCCACGCAGGACAGGUCUCUUCUCGACCGCACUUUCGACACUGCCAUGACCAAGGCUCGCGACCAGGACGUCAUCUACUUCUUCUAUGGAAUCGCACCAAACAAGAAGUUUAGGAGAGACUUUGGACGGUUCUUUGAGGAGAACUUUGAGACGCUUUACAAGCGCUUCGAGGGUAACUUCAUGAUGCGCUAUCUCGUCACGGGCGUGUAUUCCGGUAUGUCGACCAUCCAGGACGCUCAACAUAUCGAAGAGUUCUUCAAGGGCAAGGACCAGACGAAGUACAACCAAGCGCUCGCACAGGUGCUAGACACCGUCAAGUCAAAGGCUGCUUGGAUCGAGCGUUCGACGGACGAUAUCAAGCAGUGGUUGGAGAAGAGAGAGGGUGAAUCCAAGCUCUGAAACCAAAGGAUCUUCGUCGAUACACCAAAAGCAGAUACUUUCUUGGACUAUUGGCUGUGUGGAGUGUCAAGUGAUCGUAGAAAUAUGAAGUAAUGUGCGGAGCGAUUUGCUUGCGCUGUAGGAGUCAAUCAAGUUGCUCGAGACGGGGCGAUGACGUGCGGUACUGGUCAAGCGUGCACAGUGUUCUCUCGUAACUUCGUCCUGAAUUGUCCUAUAUACACUGAUUUUUGGCUCCAAUACCGAUGAACUCACACGCAGGAUGUACACAGAAAACACUUUUGUAUUGAUUGCGAAUAAAUAAGAGAUAAU